AUGUCUGAAGUGCAGAAAUCACGCCAAAUGGCAUUCCCACCAUCCGUGCUUGCAAGAAUUGCACCAGAUGUGUCUUUACAACGCCAUCUUGCCAUUGGUCUUAGGCCCUCAUUGAGGAAUUUCACCGAAUUCAAAUCAUUAGAAAUAAGUCAAGGAAAUCUUAAUAGUUUGGGCGAAAACUCUGUGAUUGGAUCUGCAGUGGCAAAGAAUGGUGAUACUUCAGUUUUUUGCGGAAUCACUUUAGGAAUUGUGGAAACAUCCGGGGCUUCUCCAGAAUAUACAUCCAUAUACCCAGUUGUUGAAAUCCUUAGAGGAAGAUCAGGUGCUCCAACCGAUGAAGAAAUGAUAACAUCCCAAAAAAUAUAUGAAAGCAUAUUGCAUGCAAAUAUAAUACCUUCAGAAUCACUUAAGAUAACCCCGGGUUACGAAAUUAGAGACGAGGAAAAUAAAACAUCAAGCAUACUAUAUCCAGACACUCCAGAGAAUAUAUCUAUUCUAGAAGAUAUCCCUUCAUUCAGUGGGAAUAAGAAAUCUUAUUCUUUUGUACUCUAUGCCCAUUUGAAAGUAUUCUCCCGUUCAGGUCCUAUUUUCGAUUUGUGCUACAAUACCCUUCUAAGUGCAUUGACCAAUGUUACUUUACCAAGCAUUUAUAUCGGUGAUACCAGUGACAAAAUAAAAGUGCCCGUUAGAUCGAGAGGUAACUUUGGUCAUUUAAGUGGUGGGGAUAACUUGUACAUUGAUUCAAAUAAGUCAUUAUUUCACGCAUUAAAAUUGCAAAAAAAUGAAAUGGGUUACUCUUCAAGUUUUGGAGUACUUGAUGAAAUCAAACCAAAAACAGUUGUGCUUGCUGAUCCAGAAGGUGAUGCUGAAGAAAGUUGUAUUACUUCUAAAAUAAAUGUCAUCACUAAUAAGUCCGGAGACUCUUUGAAACACGUUAGUAUUUGUGGUGGGGGUGCUAAUGUAUCUAUAGAUGUUUUAAAAGAAAGUAUUCGCUUAGCCCAAUUACGAAGUCUGCAUAAUUAG